CAAACUUGUAGUUCUUCGUCCUCGACCAAGCUGUGUACGAGCAGAGAGAGAGCGAGACAAAGAGGACAAACAGAAAACGAACAACUCGUGGAACGGUAUGUCCUCGCGUGCUCGUGUCGUACAACGUAUCUGAACGCAGCCAUUACGACAGAAUCGCGCUCAGUGACGCUUUGCCUCAGUAGACCCGUUCUCGCGCGCGUAGUGAUCGCGGAACGAUCAGAACGGGAUACACACGUGUUCCCGAGAAUUCGGAGAAGAUAUCCGAGUGUACGGAAAAAAGUCUUUAGUGAAAGGAAGAGACGGUAACGAGAAGAAGACUGUACCGAUCACCGUGAAGAAUUCUCGAAGCGGUUUAUUUGUUCCGCGCCUCAUUCGAAGAACGAGAAACGUUCGUUAACGCGCGGCGUUUCGUCGCGUUGAACGUUGCCGAUCCCAGGAGAGUUCCGUUCGAUAAUCAAACGCUUGGAGUCGUUAUUUCCCGAAUAACACUGUCCAAGAAAUAAAACAGAUCAACGAUGUUCGACGUAUUCGGUUCGGUGAAGGGACUGCUGAAGCUCGAUGCGGUGUGCAUCGACAACAGCGUGUUCCGGCUGCACUACAAAGCAACGGUGAUCAUAUUAAUUGCCUUUUCAUUAUUGGUCACGUCUAGACAGUACAUUGGAGACCCGAUAGACUGUAUCGUAGACGAGAUACCUCUUCACGUGAUGGAUACCUACUGCUGGAUCUAUUCGACGUUCACGAUCCCCGACCGUACCGGUAUCGUCGGCAAGGACCUGGUGCAACCUGGCGUCGCGUCCCACGUCGAAGGCGAGGACGAGAUCAAAUACCAUAAAUACUACCAGUGGGUGUGCUUCACGCUCUUCUUUCAGGCGAUGUUGUUCUACGUGCCGCGAUACCUGUGGAAGACCUGGGAGGGCGGCAGGAUAAAGAUGCUGGUACUGGACCUGAACUGCCCGGUGAUCAGCGAGGAUUGCAAAAGCGAGAGGAGGAAACUGUUGGUCGAUUACUUCACGAUCAACUUGCACACGCAAAACUUUUACGCGUACCGGUUCUUCCUCUGCGAGGUGUUGAAUUUCAUCAACGUGGUCGGUCAGAUCUAUUUCAUGGAUUUCUUUUUGGACGGCGAGUUCACCACUUACGGUUCGGACGUGGUGAAGUUCACGGAAAUGGAGCCGGAGGAGAGGAUCGACCCGAUGUCCCGUGUAUUCCCGAAGGUCACCAAAUGCACAUUCCACAAAUAUGGUGCGUCCGGCACGGUGCAGAAGUUCGACGGUUUAUGCGUGUUGCCGUUGAACAUCGUCAACGAGAAGAUUUACGUGUUCCUUUGGUUCUGGUUUAUCAUAUUGUCGGUGUUGAGCGGCUUGACUGUGGUUUACCGUUGCGCGGUCAUCGCCGGCCCUAAGCUUCGCAUGGUGCUGUUGCGCGCCCGAUCGCGCCUCUCGCCUCAAGAGUACAUCCAAACGAUCGCCCAGAAGUGUCAGAUCGGUGAUUGGUUCAUUCUCUAUCAACUCGGGAAGAACAUAGACCCGUUGAUGUACAAGCAGUUCGUCUCGGACCUGGCCACGUCAUUUCAGGGCAAAGCGUCCGUCUAGUUCCCAUUGUUUUACUUUUCUGCUUGUUUUUUUUCGAAUCCUUAGUUUCAUUAGCUGAACGAGAGGUUGGUUUAACCCUUUGCACAUGAACCUUAAGGGAACUCGGAAAGGUAUAAUAUGUUUAAUCUUCCGUAGGCAAAUUUCUCCCGAGCUUUUAUUUUUAUUCGUCGUUCGUGUACCAAAUUAGAGAUAAGCAUAGAAUUUGUUCAAAUUUGUCGAAUUCUGGUGUAAUCGAGAAAUGAGGGAAUAUGGAUGGAUACGAAGUUUGGCCUGUCUGAUAAUAAAAUUAAUUUUUAUUAGCGUUGGGUUUGUAACGUGGACCGCCGUCCGCAAAGGGUUAAUAUAUCGCUUCGGAUAACACGUAUUUCAUAUAUUUUUUGAAAAUUUUUAAUCGUCCACGGGGCGUCGAACGAAACCGCCUCUCAAUCGUAGACGAUUUAAUCGAUGAAGCUGUAGAAAGGCAUCGAGCGAACCUAAUCCAUUCCCUUUCAUGUUACGCCAACUUAGGCAAGCCGCGUAUCUAACAAUGGAGACCAUUCUGGUAUUCGAGCGUUCUCAUUCCCUCGUCUUGCAAUUUUCUCGGCUCGUCUCGCUUUAAGUUUGUCCGUAGAUCCAUUUUUUUCUUCUUUCUUUUUGUAUACACAUUAUUAUUUUGUUCUUGACUGAGUCAGUCAAAAUGCGACAGGAUUUAUUUCGAGACGGACGAAAUAAAGAGGCAAACGAACAGCCGUGAAUUGCCGAUAUUGAUUUUUGUAACCCCGGCUCGGUGGACCAUUUUUACGCCAAACGCGACAGAAAACGUAUUACUUAGAUAUUAGUAUACCCAUUUAUCUCUAAUCUUUCAUAUUUUCGCACUAUUUCAUCGAAUUUUUGUUACAUGUUUUAAUUUUCACUUGUAAAAUACCAAAUCUU